GCGCAUCUGUUUCCGGCCGAAUUUCGCCGCCGGACCGGAUGUUGAUCAAACAUGGCGGCGACCUUGUGGAUCGGCGAGACUCUGUCGUGAAUCACGGCCGAAAAGAAAUUAAGAUCUAUAGGCGUACCUGUUUCUAUUUUGUACACAGAAUUAAAUUCUAGAAUCAGCGAUGUUCUCAGUGCUGAAACGCGCGCUUCUGGGGUUUGUCCGGACAUCAAGACAGCAAGAUGUUCUUCAGAAUAACCUGAAGCUGCUGUCUGCAGGACUGAGGACUUACGAAGUGCCACCAGACUUCAGUGAUGUGGUUCUACCAGAGAAGCCCAAGCUGAAGUUCCUGGAAAAGGUCCCAAACUUGAAACAAGCGAAGAAGGAGAUGAAGAAGCUGCGCGACAUCCAGGGACCGGCCAGAAGCACCAAUACGUUCAGCGAUGGACAGUACGGGAUCGUGGCUCUGGGUGGAGGGUAUCUGCACUGGGGUCACAUGGAGAUGAUGCGGCUCACCAUCAACCGCCGCAUGGAUCCCAGCCGCACCUUUGCCGUGUGGCGCAUCACGGCUCCGUACAAACCUGUGACGCGGAAGGGCCUCGGCCAGCGCAUGGGCGGCGGGAAGGGCGCCAUCGACCACUACGUGACUCCGGUCAAAUGCGGCCGGCUGGUGGUGGAGGUCGGAGGUCGCGUGGAGCUGGGGGAGGUGGAGGCCGUGCUCAAGGAAGUGGCCAAGAAGCUUCCCUUUCCAGCCAAGGUGGUGAGCAGAGAGAGUCUGGCGGAGCUGUACGAGGAGCAGGACAAACGUGCCGCCAGCAACCAGAACCCCUGGACCUUCCAGAGAGUCGCACGCUCCAACAUGCUGGGCAUCCGCAAAGUCCUGAGCCCGUCCGACAUGCACAAUCACGGGCGCUACGCCGGGAAGUUCUUCAACCCCAGACGGGUGUAGCAUGUCUGAGAAGCUCCAGCGUCAGCACAAAGGAAGAAAAACACUGUUCUCGCGGCCAGGAUGUGGUGCGCUGAUAUUCAGAACGCUUUGAUUAAUAUCUGCUGCUCUGAGGGACCUGGCGUUCACUUAUCAGACGCCUUCUGCAACACUCUGCAGAUUUGAUAACGGAAGCGUGUCAUUCUGGAACAGGUUUGAUAAUGCAGAGGGAUCACCUGUUCACUUCAUGCAUUCUUUCAUCAGAUGUGUGAGCGGGUGUUGUGUAGAAAUGUUGUAAGACCAGUACGCAAGACUAAUAAACCUGAUUUCUUUGCAGUUUA